CCAGCUGAGCGUGAUGGAGACCAACUCCUUUAAGCACAGCAACCAGCUUUCUCUGCGGCUGACGCAGGGCUCUGACAAGCACGUCAAAGACUACCUGGCUGCCUGUCUGGCCUCUGUCAAGGUGACACCAAGCUGCCCUCGUUACAUCAAACUUGAAGACAGAGGAACGUGGUGCUGGCCGAGCGCUGCGCUCUCCUCAGCGCCGAGAUCCUCAAGAGUCAAGCAAAAUACUCUGAAGCGGCUGCGCUGCUCAUCAAAAUGACCAGUGAGGACUCAGACCUGCGUAGCGCUCUGAUGUUGGAGCAGGCAGCCCACUGCUUCAUAAACAUGCGCACUCGCAUGCUGCGCAAGUUUGCCUUCCACAUGAUUCUGGCGGGUCACCGCUUCAGCAAAGCGGGCCAGAAGAGGCACGCACUGCGGUGCUACUGCCAGGCAAUGCAGGUGUACAAGGGCAGGUCGUGGUCCCUGGCCGAGGACCACAUCAACUUCACCGUCGGGCGCCAGUCGUUCACGCUGGGCCGGCCCGAGAAGGCCGCGCAGGCCUUCAAGCAGAUCCUGACCAACGACAGCCGGCAGACAGCCGCGCAGCAGGGCGCGUUCCUCAGGGAGUACCUCUACGUUUACAAGACGGUGAUCAGCCGGAGUGGCGUGCGUCUGCCUCAGCUGCCGCUGCCAUGCAUCCAUGGCGCUGCCACCAGGGUCUACUUUGGGCACGAGCGCCGUCUAGCCGAGGGUGAGAAGCAGGCUGCCACGCAUGUGUCACUGGACCAGGAGUAUGACGCCGAGCAGGCAGCCAUGUGGUGCAAGCUGGAGGAGCAGCUGGUGGCUGCUGCCAAUCGAGGGGUGGUCCCCGCCAACUUUCAGCCCAGCCAGUGCUACCUCAACAGCCAGACGGACAAUCUGCGCCACCCGCUGGUCGUUGUGGAAGAGCCGGUGGUGGUGGUGGAGGUGGUGUUCAGGAACCCUCUGAAAGUUCCGCUGGCGCUAUCCCGCCUCUCGCUGGUCUGGAGGUUUACGCGCGACACCCACGCUGCUGCCGCCACGGAGGACGCCGGAGAAGAACUCGUCAGCAACCAAGACACGUUGGAGCAAGAGUCAAGGCAGACAGAUGAUGUGCUCACUACCGAGACCAUCCUGGACUUCCACUUGGCCCCCGAGGAAACCAAAAUGGCUCGACUCAGGCUGCUGCCGCACCGGACGGGCUGCCUGAGUAUCACGGGCGUGGUCUAUGACCUGGCUGCUGCAUCCCCGGCGGAGACGCCGGACGACGAUGACGGUAACAAGAAGGCGCCUGACCAAACCUUUGCUGUCCGUCAGUCACGUGAGAUCCCACACGCCGCUCCUCUCACAGGGCUGCUGAAGGCCGAGACAAUAAUCGUCAGCGGCAAGCAGGACCUGAAGAUCAGAGGCCCGCGACUCAAUCACACCAAAGAGGACAAGAUGUUUGUGCGCUACGGACCCGACCGGCGCUUGGAGCCCAUCGUUACGCCACCGAUGCCCCUCAUGGAGGUGUUCUUCCUGCAGUUCCCGACAGCGCUGCUGUGCGGCGAGAUCCGCAAGGCGUACGUGGAGUUCUGCAACGUGAGCGGCGUGUCCCUAUGCGGCCUACGCGUGGCGUCCACUCACCCCGAAUUCUUCACAUUCGGGAAUCCGUCGGCCGGCACGCCGCUGACGCCGCUUAGCCCCGCCUCUGCCGAGAACUUCUCGGCCUACAAAACCCUGGCGGCGGCACCCGGGUCCGGCGCGGCCUGUGAGACGCUGGUGUCUGCCGACGACUUUGGGCCCACGUCUGACAUGGUGGACGUCCCUGGCGGCGGCACGCUGGAGCCAGGACAUUCCGUGCAGCUCCCGCUCUGGCUGCGAGGACCUGACCAGGAAGGAGUCCAUGAGAUCAACUUCCUCUUUUACUAUGAAAGCCCAGACAAACGAAGCAAGAUCAGCCACCGGGUGGUUCGUCACUCGGUGUUUAUUUGCGCCAGUCGCUCUCUCAGCGUUCAAGCGUCGGCCCACGCCAGCGCCAUACCUCCUCAGCGAGGACAGGACCAGGAUGGCGGCAGCACGCUGGUCUUCGUCGAUGUUGAAAACAUCAACACGAGCGACGCUGCCGUGCGCGAGUUCCACAUCGUCCAAGUUUCCAGUGGCAGUCAACACUGGAGCCUCAGCAAGUGCAUCAAUCCGGCCAAGGAUAAAGACUGCAAAGUAAGCAGCAAAGAGCGAGCCAAGCUUUGUUUCAGAGCGGCACCGUGCAAAGCUCGCCGAGCUUCCUUGGACCGCGCCGAGAUGUUCACCUUUGCCGAUGUCAAUCUGAGUGACGAGCGGAUUGUAAGUUCGGCCACGCCCUGCGGCGACUUCUUCUUCUGCUGCCGCCGGACGUCCAAGGCUUGCCGUGCCGACGCCUGCUCCUCGGGGUCAAGGACGCCCUCCGGGGGCAGAAGCCUGGGCGAGGACUUGGUCCGCGUGGUCAACGAGUGCGACCGGCUGGACCUCAACAUUAUUGUCAUCUGGAAGGCUUACGUGGUGGAGGACAGCAAGCAGCUGAUCCUGGAAGGUCAACUCCACGUGGCGCUGCAGGCGGUGGGCGAAGAAGCCACUUCCCUCGCUCCCAAGCAGGACACUCAGGAGAUGGUUCUGCUCAAGUUCAAGUCGGAUCCGCCACCUCCCGCCGUGCCGCCAUCCACGCAACUCUCACGACUCAUCAAGAGCAACCUGCGCUACUCGGAGACAUACGCGCAUGACUUUGCACACGACAGUGUUUGUGUGGUUCCCGUUUGUUUGGUUUUGUCCAACUGCUGCCGGACUGAUGUAGAUAUCACAGUAGACCUCAGGCACAAAACCACCAGCUCCAGACUGGAGGGAAAUUCAAGCAAGGCAACUUCCUUGCAACUGCUACCAAGACGGACACUGGGAAGGAUUUCCAAUUGGCCUGAGGCAGAGAGAGUCAGGAAGGCUGAGUCCCUCUUCAGCAGCAGUCUGAAGAGAAGCCAUGCCACAGGUCUGCAGGACAGCAACGUUUGGACAAACAAUGGAGAUGUGGCAUUGCGCAUCAAUUUGGAGAGCACCAGAGGUCAGGAGGACAGGUUUGAAUAUUUCCCCCAGCAGUUAUGCCCUCUCUGCGGAACUUGCAGUGAUGCUGGCGCUUUUGAAGAGAGGGACCAUUAUUGCUGUCCAGAGUGGCAAGUAACUUCCAAGUCUUGUUAUUUGGGGAAUAAUCUCAGGGAGGAAGUGGGUGUUGUCUCUAUCCCCAUCAGCCAUGGCAAGUGACCUGCUCUCCUCACAUAUUUCUGUCACCCACUCUCGGACAUUAGUCUGGAUGUGCUGAUUUAAUCCAUCACUUGGUUCUUGUCCCUCAACUUCCUCAUCUGAAAUGGGGACAAAUUCUUCUGCGAUUUGCGCUCUCAAGUAUUUCUUGCACCUUUCUGAUGGGAUAGGGGCUCCAGAAUUGUCAUUACCCUCCGUCUCACUCAGUGCCACAAUGGUGAUAGCACGAAGAAGUUAUUUUGCAUGUUGCAAACAUUGUGACUUAAGAAGCUGUGCUAUUGACCUAACAAAGAAAUCCUUAAAACGAGGUCUUUUGUUUUUCAGGCAGUCCCAUCGGCAGAUCAUCUUAAUGCAAUGUGCUACAUCUACCCUGACAAAACAUGGGGGUAGAUGUCCAGGUUGAUUCCCACGUGAAAUGUUAUAGCACUCAUUUAUGUAGCUCUUCAGAUCAGGAUGAGGGGUAAAAGCUUUGACUAGAGCUCCAAGAAUGGCCAGAGAAAAGCCACUCACUGCUUUUUUAGGAACAGAUGCACCUGCAUGGAUCCAUUCCUUCAGCCACUGUGUGAUAGCAUUAACAUCUUUCUUCUCUGACAGCAUCUGCAUGACUGGGACACUGGAGCUGGUAUGCCCUGUCAUAACACCCUGAUACAGGAAGAUAUGGCCAAACAUGCCAUUCGGCCUCAUCAGUUUUUUAACUAUUGAGCCAGUUGCAUCAACACAUAAUAUUGGGUGGGAUUUCUUUAAGCUCUUGUACACAUGCAUUUGUGUUUGACUCCAAUAGUGACAGAAGAACUUGUCAAGUCCAAUGUCUUUGAUGCUGUCACUGUGAGGUGCACUGUAUUUCAACAUCUGCAAUGAUAAAAUUGGAUUUUGGUCACCUAAUGCCAAAUCAUUUUUCUCUUGCUUUGCCUUGCGGACGGUGGCCAAAUUUGGCAGGUGGCUUGGCUCAGGGUCUCCGAAGUCCAUCGAUUUAUUUGCCUGUGAUGCUCGCCAUACAUGUGGUUCCAUCCUGCCCUCACAAAGUUCCUUGGCUACCUGCACACGCAACUGUUCAGAUAGAAACCGCUUUGAGCUACCAGUGUGUAGGGAGUCAUCACUGUUCUUAAUGAAACAGUUCAAUAUUAUUGGACUGUUAAUUUCUGGCUCCCCACUACAAUUAAUGUUGAGAAGGCCAUGACACUCCUUGCAGUAUCCUCUGAUUUCGAUAUAAUUAUUUGAGACCAAUGGAUAGACCUUGGCUCUUUUAAAAACAAAUGUGCAAGGAGUUUUGACUGUUUUCCAGAUUUGUUCAUUUAGGAUGUGGGUCCAGGUGCCAGGCUUCAAAAUUGUAUAUUCUCUUUUUCGGGUUCAACUGUUCUUAUCUCUGUAUUCAGCCUUUUCCGGAAUAAAUUCCAUCCACUUGUCAAAAGGAAUAUGAAGCUGAAAGGACUGUUCAGGUCCUUAUUCCGAGCUUGCUUCACUGCUAGUUUCAGGAUCAGUUUCAUCAUGACUGAAUCCCAGAGCUGACAAGAUAUUGCGUCUGUUUGUUUUUACAAAGGUGUACAGAGCCUUUGCAGACAUCUUCUUUUCCAACUGGUCACUCAGAUCUGUCCACACAGUAGCGCUUGGAGUGGCUACGUUACCAUUUUCAAGUAUGGCCUCUUUUGAUGAGCAGAGAACUGCAACAAUUAAAUCAUUGUCUACUGCUGGUUGUUUGGGCAUCUAGUUGAAGGACAAAUAUAAAUAUAAUCAGGAUUCAUUGCUUGAAUAAUUAAAAUUACACAUGCGUGAUCAUUAUAAUUGCUAUGCAUGGACGGAAAAAUGAUGCAAAGGGAAAAAUAUUUUGACAUCAAAAUGUAUCAAGCAUGCUUUCUUUAGUAAUUUAGUUUUCUUGGUCAGUGCAAAUUACACAUGUAUAAUAAGACAAUGUUAGCCAACUAACUAUUCAGACUACCUAGGGUGUUUUUAAUUCUAUAUUGUAGGAACUUUUUUUUUUUACAUUUUACUUACAUUGGUCAAUGGUCACUUCCCAGAAAAAGACGCUUUCUGUCACUCACUGUUAUUAAAUCUUCGGAGAUAGUUGUGCAUUUGUCGCUUGAAAAAGUUGCACGUCUUUGUUUUUCGCCACCCUGUUGCGAUAUGUCUUACAGGUGCGCUUGAUUUGGUUCCCCCGUGAGAUUUUGUUUCCCCUGCCGCGGGAGCGCGCACACCUUAUUUGGAAACCGAAAAACCGAUGUCGUACGGCGUCAGCACUACGUUGUUUUCAAUAAAAACAUGAAGAACUCA